GACGCAGAUGACUAUGGUUACCGGACGUGCCUAAUAAAGAAAGUGGAUGACGGAUUAAAUUACCGUAUUAAUCUUUAAUAUGGAGAAGUAAACAGAGAGAGAAAAUAACGGAAUAUCAAUCAUGUGAAAUGAACAUUUAUUCAAUUUGAAAAUAUAAGAAUCUUAGGUAUGUGCGCAAGAUAAUACGAAAGGAUUUGAGCGCACAAAACUUGCGCCUUCUUGUCGCUGUCACCUCAGUGCCUCCUUAGGAAGAGCACACAACUCGUUGUAUAACCCACACCGCCCGUCAUGUCGUUUUGCGGUUGGUUCAGUGGCGAACAUUACAGAGAUCACUUCGAGAAAGGAGUGUAUUCAUGUAAGAAGUGUGGAAAUGAACUGUUUCAUAGUUCACAGAAGUAUGAGCACUCAUCACCUUGGCCAGCCUUUAACAAACUAAUCAACCCUGACUCUGUGAGCAGGUCACCCGAAUCAAAGACAGCCAUCAAGAUCCACUGUGGGCAGUGUGGAAACGGAUUGGGCCAUGAGUUCCUCGGUGAUGGACCCAAGAAAGGCACGAAUCGAUACUGAAUAUUCAGUGACUCAUUGGAGUUUGUAACCAAUGAGAACCGUAAAAAGCCUACCGUAGAGAGCUGAUCUCGUCCCAAGUCCAGGUAUUAGAUGUUCAAUCCAGCCAGAAACACACUCCGUUACAAAAGUUCCUUCGAAAUUCUACUUCAAACCUUUUAGCAAUGCUAUGGAUUAAAAUAAAUGGAUUCUGUUAAUGUCUUAAUGUUAGGUAAUUUCCAAUAUAUAAUAGCCUUGAUGAAAUUGGCAUAUUUGUGUACCAAUGAAAUCGUUACAAAGUAAAGUUUGAAUUUAGUAUUUCUGAUACCUGACUUGAUCAGUUAAACAAAAUAACACAUACUUAGGAUUCUCUGAUUAACACUGGAUUGUGAUGAUAUGAGAAUAGUAUAGAGUUUCUUUGAUGUGGAUCAGUUUUUACUGGGCAUACAUCAGAUUUUACAGACUUCUAUAACAGUUACUGUUACAAGAGUAUUUAUUGUUAGAGCUUCUAUGUAAGCUGUUUCUGGCUGUUUUGACAUGAUGGCCUGAGGAGAUCUGUGAUAAUGACGAGGACACUUUUGGAACUGAUGCUGACAGGAUGAAGCUGUCUGGAACAAGCCUUUCCAGGAAAACCUGACAGUGGAGAUACGUCUAGUCAGUUCUCACUGGUGCUCAGCGACAAUAUAGCAGAUCUAACACACCAUUCCCAUAGUGACUGUGUCCAUAACAGCCAAGCCCAAACAGGAGUAAAUGAUAUUAGGGUUUCAGGGAAAGUCAACUCGUACAUUGGAUAUAUUCUAGUGUAUUAUUCAUCACACACAUCAAUAAACCUGGACCCUGUUCCUCAAUAUAAUUCAGGAACUUAUGAAAUAUAAAAUUAAUAUUACAUUAUUUUUGAAAAGUCUAAAAUUGACUUGUGAUUAUCAUAAUUCAUUGUAAGGGAAUUUGUUGUUUAUACUAACCAAGCAUUCAUGGACAGGGUUUGGGUAUCAUACUAUUCCAGGUACUAUUUACAGGAGAUCGUAUAAACCAGUCUUUCAUUACUAAAGAGGCUUUCAGCUACUGUUGUGUUACAUCUGUGAUAAAGCAUUUUGCCAAUGCCUCACCACAGCCAUGUAUGUCAAUAGUUCUAUCAUAUCGAUAGAUGAGGCUAGCGCCUGUAGUAUAGGAAUGUUAUGUGAUGUCUACAUAUCUACUGUAUACAUACUUGGAGAAAUUGAUGGUCUUUAAUUAACACUUACAGUAGGAUGUGUCAUCCACUACAUACCUUGAUGUUUGAAUAGCACUUUGAUGCUUUCAUGUUUAAACAUAAUUAAAUAUGCAAUGUAUCCUGUGUAUUUUUGAUAGCAAGCACACCAUUAGACAUGCAGGCAUUGAUACGUUGAUAUGUGGUCAGUGACGAAAGUAUCACUUUUUUGGUGAAGUAUAUGCAAGCAUUAGCUACAUUAUGUGUAUAGAGUCAAAAGCUUUCAAAUUUAACGCAUAUCAUGUGUAAUAUUACAUAUUGAGUACAAUAUACAAUGUAUAAUCAAAUAUGGCAAUAUUAGCCUGGUCUUUAGAUUAAGUCUUGCCAACUUAUUGUCACUGUUAUUGUGUAGCUUUUUAGUUGUUGGUACAUAUCGUGGUUGGUAUUAUCUAGUUUUUAGUUACACUGACUAUCUAUACAGAAAUGGACAGUCACUAUUCCUACAAAGAAACCUUCAGUCUCAGGUUACAACAUUUUAUAUAGACAACUCAUCCUGUCUGUUCUUAUUGUUUUGUUUUGACCUUUAUUGAAUGUGAUUUUAUCCAUUUAUGUAAGCACACCUUAUCUGUAACUUUGGCUGAUGUACAAAUUCUCCAUUGUUAUCACCACUGGUUUAGAGAAGUGGAAGACACAUGUUAAUUUUACACAGCUAUGGGUUUUUGUUGUAUUAUAUACACAAUAACAUUUCUCUAAGACAACUUUUAGAUAAUACUGGCAGCACAGAUGUCGAGUACAGUUGGUUACACAAUUAAGUUUCAAAAGUCUCCAGAAUUCAGUAUAGAACAUUUAAAGAGGUAAUAACACAGAGUCAUGUUUAUAUCCAUUAUUCCACAUUAUGGAAUUAUGAAAACUUUUUUUAUAAAGAAUCCAAAUUAUUUUCAUGCAAAUUGAUUUAAUCAUAUUAUAUAGAACUUCUAGUCCUUGUUUAACUAAUUAUGAAAUACUAAAAGAUUUAUUGAACAAGUUCUGCUAUUAGGCCUACUAUUGAGAUUUAUGAAACCUAAAUUCUCUGUAUAUGGUAGUCAUGACAUUAUGAUAAAUCUAUGAAAUAUCAGGUCAUCAGCAUUGAUUGUCAGGUACAUAUCAUUAGUCUUGUCCACAUGGACAAAUUACCAAACCAUGGUCCAUAUUAUAUGUAUCGUACAUAUAUUAGAACGAAUAUUCAUACCCUGCCUACACUGCUCUCUGUCAAAAAAUUGUCCGUCUGUCGUCCAGAGCUACGUUAUCGCAGCUAACAUAUAUGAGCCGUGGGUUGGGAAUCGAUACCAAGUUCUUGUGGGCCUGUUACACAGGUAAGAGGGGACUAGUCUAUCCUCUAUAUUGUGAUGAGUACACGAUCCCAAUUGAGCUGUGCAAUAUACAGAUUCUUCAUUUGGAAAAGUUUAUUUAAAAAAAAAUAACUUCUACAGAAUUUUCCAUCAAGAAAAAUAGCUUUCUACAGAAUCAUAUAAAGAAAUAAUUCCCCAAAAUACCAUUUUUUUUGAUAAUUUUUAAUUCAUAUUAAAGUAUUAAGUCAGAC